AUGCCACCACGGCGCUCAAAUCGCAGCAGCGCCGCCACCGGUGCACCACCCCCCACAGCUUCCGCAUCAACAUCAAGCCGUCGUACUACGCGCACCCGGGCCAGCGUCGCCCCCGAGUCCGAGGAGGACGCGCCCAAGCCGGCGUCUAAGCGGACUGCAGCGCCCAAGCCGGCUUCUUCACGCGCAUCGACUAGGAGACCACGGAAGGAGCCCACGCCACCUCCCGAGAGCGAGGAGGACGAAGAGGAGGAGGAGGAUGAUGAUGAUGAUGAUGGUGAUGAUGAUGAUGGUGAUGAGGACGAGGACGAGGACGAGGACGACGAUGACGACGAAGAUGACGGCAGCGGAGAGGACGAGCCGGUCCACAAGCCGGCCAAGCAUGCUUCUAAGCGAGUCAGUCCGCCUGCAUCGCGUAGGAGUACGCGAGUCAAGGCCACGCCUGCUCCAGAGUCCGAGGACGAGAGCGACGAGGAGCCGGCUCCCAAGCCCGUGUCAAAGCGCCCAUCUCGCAAGGCGUCCAUCACACCAGCACCGGAGUCAAGCGAUGCGGAGUCUAAGCCGACACCCCGACCAAGCUCCAAGGCCCCAGCGCGGAAGGGUCGGCGCGUACUUUCCGACUCUGACGAAUCGGAUGGGCAGACACCGCGUCCGCUGUCUGUGUCUGCUGACUCGGAGGGCGAGACGCCCACGUCCAAGCUCGCGAAGAAGUCCAACUCGGUCUCGGGCGAGGAAGGCAAUGUUGCUGCUCAAGCUUCACACUCCUGGAUCAAGGUAGAGGAGCCGUCCACCCCCAAGGCGCAGGUGCGCGCCCUCGAUGCUACCUCUCCAGAGUCCUCGCCAGACAUCCCUGCCAGCGUCCUCCCACCCAAGACUCCCGGGCGCAUCGUACCCCCACGUAUGUCACUCAUGGCUACGCCAGCCGCUCCUCCCCCAACCGGGCCCAAGCCGCGCCUCACGAUCCAUAAACUUGUCCUCAACAACUUCAAGUCGUACGGCGGGCGGCAGGAGAUCGGCCCAUUCCACAAGUCCUUCUCUGCCAUUGUUGGCCCUAACGGCUCGGGCAAAAGUAACACCAUCGACGCGCUUCUCUUCGUAUUCGGCUUCCGCGCCUCCAAGAUGCGCCAGGGAAAGCUCAGCGAGCUCAUCCACAACUCAGCAGGUCACGAGAGCAUUACGUCGUGCUCAGUCGAGGUCCACUUCCGCGAGAUUGUCGAUGUGUCCGGUGUCGACGACUUCCUCCUCGUCCCCAAGUCGGAUAUCGUCGUUACGCGUACCGCCUUCAAGGACAACUCGUCCAAGUACACGAUCAACGGCGCCAACCGACGCCGCGAGGAGGUCGUGACGCUGCUCAAGAACAAGGGCAUUGACCUUGACCACAACCGUUUCCUUAUUCUCCAGGGCGAGGUCGAGUCGAUUGCACUCAUGAAGCCCAAAGCUCAGAACGAGCACGAGGACGGCCUGCUUGAGUACCUCGAGGACAUCAUCGGCACAACCAAGUACAAGCAGCCGAUCGAGGAUGCGUCCGAGCAGGUCGAGAGUCUGAAUGAGGAGCGCGGUGAGAAGAUGAACCGUCUCCGCGUUGUCGAGCGCGAGAAGUCGUCUCUUGAGGACAAGAAGCGCGAAGCGGAAGACUACCUUCGCGACACCAACGACCUCACGCGCAAGAAGUCGCUCCUCUGGCAGUACCACAUGUACACGCUGCAGAACAACAUCGAGAUCACUACCAAGGCAAUCAACGGGCUCACCGCUCAGCUCACAGAUGAGCAGGAGCGCAACGGUGACCUACUCGCACAGAUCGAGAACCUCCAGAAGGAGUACGACGACAAGGCAGCCAACUGGGAGACGGUAAAGACGGCGUGUGAUGCUCUCACCAAGGACGCCAAGAAGCUCGAGAGGGAAGAGGUCGGCUACCAGGAGAAGCGCAAGCACCUCGCCUCCAAGCAGAAGAAGCUCAAGAAGUCUAUCUCGGACGAUGGACACGCCAAGUCGGAGGCUCUAGCCACGAUCGAGAGCUGCAGCGCCGCAAUCGAGACGAACCGCACCAAGGUUGACGAGUUGGAGAGCAAGUUAGAGGCCGAGGAGAAGGAGCAUGAAGAAGUCCGCGACGGUCUCAAGGAUAAGACCGACGUGUUUACGACUAAGAUCGAGGUCAAGCAGCGCGAGCUGCAGCCGUGGACCGCCAAGAUCAGCGAGAAGCAGUCGGCCAUCGACGUCGCCCAGUCAGAGCGUGACUUGCUGGCGCAGAAGGCCACGUCGGUCCAGACCGCCCUCGAAGAGGCUGAGCAGAACAUCCAGACUAUCAAGGAGGGUGAUCAUGCCAAGCGGGACGAGUACAAGCGGCUCAAGAAGGAGGCUACGGUGGCCAAACAGGAGCUCGCCGACGCAGAGGAGCAGCUGCAGGGCAUGGGCGCGCAGUUUGAGGCGGUACGGAGCAAGCUCUCCGCAGCCUCGCACAAGGCCGAUGAGGCGCGCGCUAGUCUUGCCGCCGACAAGUCGGAGAACGCCGUGCUGUCCAGCCUCAACAAGCUCAAGGCGCAGGGGCGUCUCAAGGGCUUCCACGGCCGCCUCGGCGACCUCGGCGUAAUCGAUGACAAGUACGACGUCGCUGUCACCACGGCGUGUGGUUCACUCAAUAACCUCGUCGUCGACACUGUCGAGCAGGGCCAGGCGUGUAUCGAGCAUCUUCGCAAGAACAACAUUGGCCGCGCCUCAAUCUUGAUCCUCGACAAGCUACCUCCCCGCGACCUGCGUCCCAUCAAGACCCCUGAGGGCGUGCCUCGCCUAUUCGAUCUCAUCAAGCCCAAGGACCCGCGUUUCGCUGCCGCCUUCUACAAGGGCCUCACUAACACACUCGUUGCGCAGGACCUCGCCCAGGCCGAGCGCAUCGGCUACGGCAAACCGCGGUGGCGCGUUGUCACGCUCGCCGGCCAGCUCAUCGACACCUCGGGAACCAUGUCGGGUGGUGGCAACCGCGUCGCGCGCGGCGGCAUGAGCUCCAAGUUCAAGGCAGACAAGGUCGGACCGGAGGUCGUCUCCCAGUACGAGAAGGAGCGCGCGGCAAUCCAGCAAGAGUUCAACGCGUUCCAGACUGACCGGCGCGCCGUUGAGCAAGAAAUUCAGCAGCUUCGCAAGCGCAUUCCCGACAUGGAGAUGGAGAUGGAGAAGACCGAACUCGACAUUCAGACUGGCUCCAAGCGUGUCGCCGAGGCCGAGAAGCGCCUUGCCGAGCUCGCGUCGCAGAACAAGCCCAACGCCGCAGACGAGAAGCGCAUCAAGCAACUCGACACCGAUAUCGCCUCGCUCACCAAAGAUGUAAACGAGCUGCGCGAGAAAUCGUCCGGUAUCAACGAAGAGAUCAAGGAGCUGCAGAACAAGAUUCUCGAAGUUGGUGGUGUCAAGCUCCGCGCUAUCCAGUCCAAGGUCUCGACGACCAAGGGUUUGCUGGACCUGGCCUACGAUGCGAUCACCAAGGCUGAGGUCGGGCAGGCCAAGGCGCAGCACGACGUCGAGAAGCUCCAGAAGGCAAUUGCAUCGAACUCGGCCAAGAUAGAGGAGGUCGACACUGAACUCGAAAGCGUGGAGGACGACCUCAAGGCGAUCACCAACGACCUUACCAUGCUCCGCCAAAGUGUCGAGGAGGCGCAGGACACGAGCGUCGACGUCAAGGAACAAUUGGCCGAGUCCAAAGCCAAGCUUGACGAAGCGUCGGCCGAGAUUAACGCAUUCCGCAAGAUCGAGAUGGACCUCAAACAGAAGAUCGAGGAUAACGUUCGCGCCCAGAAGGACUCCAAGGACAAGUACAAGCACUGGGCGAAGAGGCACGAGGAGCUCGGGCUCGCUUACAUUGACGAGGAGGACGAAGAGGAUGAGGACGAGGAGAAGGAGGCCGAGAAGGAGGGUGACGCCGGUGCCGACGCCGAGGACAAGGAAGAUGAGGAUGGCGAGGAUGAGGGCGAGGAGGGCGACGAGCCUCGCUCCAAGGAGUCCAAGAAGACGCGCAAUGACACGUUAGAGCUAGUCGAGUACAGCCCCGAUGAGCUGCGUGCAGUCAAUAAGGACGUCCUCAACGGCGAGAUCUCGGUUCUCGAGGAAGAGAUCGCCAAGGCUAAACCCAAUCUCAACGUGCUUCACGAGUACCGCCGUCGCGAAGCGGAAUUCCUUGAUCGUGCACGCGACAUGGAAACCGUCACGUCGCAGCGCGACACGGCCAAGCAGCGGUACGACGACCUGCGCAAAGUACGCCUUGAGGAGUUUAUGGCGGGCUUCUCGGCCAUCAGUGCGAAACUCAAGGAGAUGUACCAGAUGAUCACGAUGGGCGGAAACGCUGAGAUCGAGCUCGUCGACACGAUGGACCCGUUCUCUGAAGGGGUUGUCUUGUCUAUCAUGCCGCCCAAGAAGAGCUGGCGACCUAUUGCCAACCUCUCGGGCGGUGAGAAGACGCUCGCGUCCCUCGCUCUCGUGUUCGCGCUCCACGUAUUCAAGCCGACCCCGCUGUAUUUCAUGGACGAAAUCGAUGCCGCGCUCGACUUCAAGAACGUGUCGAUUGUGGCCAACUACAUCCAGUCCAAGACGCAGGCCGCGCAGUUCAUUGUCAUCUCCCUGCGUAACGACAUGUUCGAGCUCGCGCACCGCCUUGUUGGCAUUUACAAGACGAACAACUGUACGAAGAGUAUAGCCAUUGACAACAAGGACCUGCGGACGCAGGCCGUCCGGCGCCCAUUAAAUGCCCCGCACACGGUGGGCCGGCCAACACCAGGCAAAACACCUGGUCCGUCGCAGAGGUUAACCGCUGCGACGCCGUCCAAGGCGCCACCAACACCCGCCGCAGCACUGGCAUCAACGCCAUUACGGGACUCGCGGACAUCGGUGCGAUUGUCAACAUCAACCCAGAGUUAG